GAGGCAGUGAGCGGUGUGAGCCCAGAUUACAACCAACCAGACACUGAAGCAUUGAAGACAGGAGCGUGGAGGACAGAAAUAAAGGGACACAAACUCUCCUUCUGUGUCAGCUGAAAAGAAAAAAGGAGGAUUACACACAGACUGUGGUCAGGAAGAGGGAAGGAGAGUAGAAGAAGAGGGAGAAAAAGAAAGAGGAGGAGUACUGUAUUUCCAAGAGCGAGUGUUUCAGAAGACGGUGCUGUCACAGAGGAGGAGGAGGAGGAGGAAGAGGUGGUGUGUGUGAGCAUGCGGGUUUACAACACGCCAGCGACACAAGUGAUAUAACACUAAGCUGUGUGUGAAGUGAACUCCCACCACACCCACACCUCAACGUCGUCCACGAAAGCCAACCCAAGGUUUCACAAGCCAUGCUGAGGACCUGGAGCCGGCCAAAGUCCUGCUGAACACCAUGGCCCAGGCUAAAGGGCGGAAAGAUGGCAUGGUGUCGUCCAAUGAGAACAGGCGCCGGCCGCUGUCGUCGGGUGAGGUGGAGGGCAUGUCAUGGCAAGGCCCGCGGACCAUUUUCCUGGAGAAGAACUCACAGGGAUUCGGCUUCACUCUGCGCCACUUCAUCGUCUAUCCACCAGAAUCCUCCCUCCACAGCCUCAAGGAUGAAGAGAAUGGAAAUGCAACUGGAAAAGGUUGUCAGCGGUCUCGUUUGGAGCCAAUGGACACCAUCUUUGUUAAGAGUGUCAAAGAAAAUGGCCCCGCCCAACAAGCUGGACUGUGUACAGGGGACAGGCUGGUGAAGGUGAAUGGGCAGAGCGUUCUGGGGAAAACCUACUCUCAAGUGAUCGCGCUCAUCCAAAACAGUGAAAACAUUCUGGAGCUCUCUAUUAUGCCAAAAGAUGAGGAUGUGUUGCAGUUGGUAAGUGCGUACUCCCAGGAUGCCUACCUGAAAGGCAAUGAGCCAUAUUCAGGCGUGGCCCAGAACCUCCCUGAGCCACCACCUCUCUGUUACACUUCCACUAAACCCGGCUCAACUGCCCCACAGCAGAGCCACAACCCUCAGAGUCCCCUGGACAACUGGCAGUGUCGACCCGGCCCCGCCACCUCUCCACUGGACAACCGCCCUCCUGCUGCUUCUACCCCCUCCUCCGGCUGGCCCGGGGGUUCUGAGGAUUCCAGCGGCCACUUUGCCCCGUCAGGGCGGCACCGUGGCCGCUCGUCCUCGGCCAUCAACGCGCUGGACUUUCACUUUGCUAACCAUAAUGCUGCCAUUGCCUCUGCAACUCUCCCCACACCACGGAAGAGUAGCCUGCCGGCCUCUGCCCGCACUCACACCGAUGCUCUCUGCCACCAGGCUCUGUCGGACUGGUACUACAGCCAGGCUGAGGCCGCCGAGCACAUGUCCCCCCGCCACCGAAGUAUAUCUCAGGAUCGUUUAGCAGAGCUGGGGCUGGGUUUAGCGCUCGGCCCUGGACCUACAUCUGCUUCCACAACCUCUGUGGAGCAUCGCAGGAGAGAAACCCUCCUAUACCACCACCAGGCAGCUGCUGCUUCCCAUGAUUCCUAUUGGCUAGGGAGCUGGGGUGGUGUAUCAGGACCAGGAAGCAGGUCGUGCUCAGAGAGCCUGCUGGCAGCCUACGCCGAGUACGAGCACAACUACGGGCGUUCUGUGGAAACGCUGGCACAAGCCUCAGCACUGGUCUCACCACGCUAUGAACACUCUUCACAAGGCUCCCAAAUGACAAAAUUCAGCGAGCUCAAAGACCAGAAAGUCUCAGCAGGACAUCACCACCAAACCACAGUGACACCCCCUAUCACAGCCUCCUCCACAGUGCCUCCUACUGGCAGGCAGUCAGGUCAGCAGAUAGCUGAACCCCAAACAAGGCGAGUAAAAGAAGAGCUGGUGGGCUACAAAAGCUACAGCCCUUCUUUCUGUCGCAAAGCUGGCCACCUGCUCCAGCAGGCCCACUCCUUCAGAGAGCCCAGCUACAGCGGCCCUCACCUCAACUGGAGCAGCCCUGUGGACAGCGAGGGGGGGAUGGUACCCAGACCCCAGUCCACCCCUGCCCUGUCUGCUUCAGAGGAGGAGAGAGCCCAACUGGGUGAGGACAGGGAGGUCAUCUCCCCCAUCUCCCUGAAUCAAGAGGUCGUUCUGAGGCAGAAGCCACCUCCCGGCCACCGAGCGCCUGUUCAGGGACUUCGACACCCCCACUACACCACACGCGUGGAGUCACCGGAGCCUCCUGGUUUGACACCUACACCAGGGACCCCUUCUCCUGUCUCUGGGGGGCCCAGCCGCAGGGCUAAUGGUAGCCUGGCACAGCAUGCAUUCAACUCCCUGUCCUCUAUUCCCUUCAUAGAUGAACCCACCAGUCCUAGUACUGACCUACAGGCCUGCUAUGUACCAGCCUGCUCUGUGGUGUCCAGUUCCCCAGCCUCCACUGUGGCCACCCUCACUUGCACGUCUGUCUCCCCCACCCUCUCCUCCACCUCCCCCUUUGUCCGACUUCGUUCUCAGGACUGCAGCAGUAUUAAAGGUCGUCGCUCCUCUUACCUGCUGGCCAUCACCACGGAGAGAUCCAAGUCCUGUGAUGAGGGUCUCAACACCUUCAGGGAAGAAGGCCGCGUCUUCUCCAAACUACCAAAAAGAGUCAAGAGCUUUUUCACUGAUGGGUCUCUGGAGAGCCUGCGAGCGCAGGAGGAGGCCCGGUCCAAGCGCCACUCCACCUCUGAACUGGGAACAAUCACCUUUAGUGAUGUUCGCAAGGAGGGCUGGCUGCACUAUAAACAGAUCCUCACAGAGAAGGGAAAGAAAGUCGGUGGUGGCAUGCGGCCAUGGAAGCGAGUCUUCUCUGUGCUCCGUUCCCAUUCACUUUUCCUCUACAAGGACAAGCGAGAAGCCGUCCUCCACGGGGCGGGUGCCGGCCCGAGCCAGGACGAACAUCCUCCAAUCAGCAUCCGCGGCUGUCUGAUCGACAUCGCCUACAGCGAAACCAAGCGCAAGCACACCCUGAGGCUGACCACGCAGGACUUCUGCGAGUACCUGCUGCAGGCCGAGGACAGAGAUGACAUGCUGGCCUGGAUUAAGGUCAUCAGGGAGAACAGCAAGACUGAAAAUGAGGAGAUUGGCUUCUCAAGACAAGCUCUCAUUAACAAGAAGCUGAAUGACUACAGAAAACACAGUCUGACAGGGAAUAAACCGGACUCCUCCCCCAGAGCCCAUCGUAUGAUGCCCCCUUUCCUCCUGGCGAAGACUGACAACACGUCAGUGAACCGAGCCUCCAGAACUGAUGACAACAAGGCGCUGUGGGGCAUCAACAUCAUGAAGAAGGCCAAGAAGACAGGCAGUCCGAAGGCUUUCGGUGUGCGACUGGAGGACUGUCAGCCUGCCGUCAACCAUAAAUUUGUCCCUCUGAUUGUGGAGAUGUGCUGCGGCGUGGUGGAGACGACAGGUUUGGAGUACACCGGCAUCUACCGUGUGCCGGGGAACAACGCCAUGGUGUCCAACCUGCAGGAGCAUCUCAACAAGGGCUUGGACAUCAACACUGCUGAGGAGAGAUGGCAGGACCUGAAUGUCAUCAGCAGCCUGCUCAAAUCCUUCUUCAGAAAACUGCCUGAGCCGCUGUUUACUGAUGACAAAUACAAUGAUUUCAUUGAUGCCAACCGGAUAGAAGAUGCGGAGGACAGACUGAAGACAAUGAAGAAACUAAUCCAUGACCUCCCAGACCACUAUUAUCACACCCUGAAGUUCCUGGUGGGUCACCUCAAGAGGGUGGCAGAUCACUCUGAGAAGAAUAAGAUGGAGCCAAGAAACCUGGCUCUGGUGUUUGGUCCCACUCUGGUGAGGACGUCAGAGGACAAUAUGACCGAUAUGGUCACCCACAUGCCUGACCGCUACAAAAUAGUGGAGACACUUAUCCUGCAUCACGACUGGUUCUUCAGUAAUGGAGAGUUUGACAAGGAAGAGAAGGCCCCAGAGGAUAAGCGGGACAUGCAGCCUGUGCCCAACAUUGACCAUCUGCUAUCUAACAUCGGCAGGCCGGGCAUGCCAGGGGAGGCAUCAGAUUCCACCACCAGCGAUUCAGUUAAGUCAAAGCUUUCUUCAGGCUCCAAGAAAGACCUGAAUGCCAAGGACUUCCUGCCCAUGUCCAUCAUCUCUGCUGUGACCCGCAAACGUAAAAAAUGCCUCAGUACCCACCUGCAGGGCAGCAGCGCUGACGAGGACUCAGAGCAUGAGCCAGUCAAAGCCAGCAACUAUGGGGGAGAAGAAGGAGGUGAACGGGAGGAGAAAGAGGAUAGAGGAGAGGAGGAGGCAGUCAAGGGAGAACAUACGAUUCCUAAAAAAGAGAAAGGGAAUGAAAAGGAAAAUGGGGUGAAAGAUGGAGAGAGCACAGAUGGAAAAGAUCCAUUGGUGAGAGACAAAGAGACUGAAAAGGACGUGGGGAACGGAACAGGCAAUGGCAGAAAAAAAAUUGAAAGGGAGAGCAGGCAGAGAGCGACCUUGCCAGAAAAUGCACCACAACUUCAUCCGAACAGUUUCCUCUAUGCACACCAUCAGAUCCAUGCCACAUACCCAAGACCUCCGACUGUGACUAAUCCUCCUUCUCAUUUGAAGCCUCACAGUCUGGCCAGAGGACGCCCCACAGUCCCUUUCUGGAUCUGCCCCACCAGGCUUCCCAACAUCUACCAGGCUUCUAGCUUUCACAGGACCCAGCAGCCAGACUGGAACCAGUCAGUGCCAGUCCGCUACAGGAAGUCCAGAGGUGGUAGGACGAGGGCUAUGUCCAUGAAUCUGGACCUUGAGCUGGGCAGGGGUGAGGACAGAGUCAGAGGAUGGAGUGCAGAGAGGGUGGAGGUGAUCAGAGUCAUUGAGGGAACACCAGAUCAGCAUGGAUGUGUUGGAGUUCAUCAGGGAUCAGUUGUGGGUCCCGGGUCAAUUCAGCAAAUAGAUAUCCUCCCUGGUCUUGCCCAGGAGGCUCCCCCUCUCUCCUCCUCUUCCUCAGGAUGGAAAGAUCAGAGCUCUUCAGGAACUUCCACUGUGGUACUGAGGAGAUCGGCCCUGGACCCACAGGACAAGACAAGAGCGUGGCGGCGCCACACGGUCGUAGUUUAACCUGACUGUGUCAUCUACUAAUGCAGUACAAAGUACUCGCCCUUUACUCACAAACACCGGAUCACCUGUGUCACUGCUUCUAAAGCCAAGUGUCCGUCAUGUUGCUUUAGGGAUCUGAAGUUGGAGAUGUGAUCUCUUGUUAAAGGAAUUCUUUGACAUUUUGUGCAGUUGUAGAGUUUCAUUCCAAAAUGAGAUAACCACCAUUUCAAAAAUGUGAAACUCACUCUUAAACAUACAAAUCUUACUAUUCAACUGCUGUUGAAGCUAUUCGUCUUUACUCCUUUCCUUACAAAUUAACUGUAAAUGUAAUUAUCCAUGCCCUUAUAUAUUGUGUAAUGAACGUUAGGGUUGCACACAGGGAAUGGGGAUCCUGGUAUAUCCCAGAAUUUUUCGCCAGAAUCAUGUUUCCAGGACAAAUAUCAAGUUUUUUUUAGCGGUGUGAUUUUUAGCACAUCUGUUGUAGAUACAGUGUAGUCCAACCUUGAACUGUCGUUAUUAAGGCACAGUCACACCAGAAAGUGGCAUGAGUCUAUGAUUCCUUGUGAGAUGCUGAAAAAGGUGGUGCUAGAAGCUUGGUGAGAUGGUGUGUGCUUUCAUGGACUAGUUGUCUCCUAACACCGGCACACUAACUGCUAGCACACUAACCAGUGGGGACACGCUAGUGCUAGUCGCAAUAGCUUUCUAGCUUGCUAAAGCCUCUUUAACACAUACACACGUAAUUAUUGGGAUAACCCUUCAGGCACCGCUAGUGAUUUUCACUAUUCACACAUGCAGCUACAUUCAGGAACAUUUCCAUCUUGUGCCUUUUCACGCAUACCAUGGCAAUGCCAGAUUAGAUGGGACAAGGGACAGUCCAGCAGAUGGCAGUAAUGCAACACUUAUGGAUGCCAACUGCUAUAAUGUGUGCAUAAUGUGCGUGCAUGUGGUGGAAAACAUCUCGCAUUAUUUUCAGGGGCAUGGUGGGCUGGUCCCCGCAACUCAGUCACAACACAGCCGUACCAGCGUUUUCCCUGAAAUGCUAUUAGGUCUUGAGGUGGGAAAUUGCCAUAACAGAUUUCAAUGGCUGAUCCCAUUAACGCAUGAGCCCAUACAGGAAAUGUUCCUGAACGUUUUAGGGACAGACUGCGUGUGAAAAGGUGUGUUGUGUUGUUAUGUGUGAAAGGGGCCUGACAGUUAGCAUGGUUGCUAACAGGACAAUAGGCUCACACCUCUGCAGAAGAAGUUCAACAAAUGUAAAUGGCGCAACACAUGGCGCUAAUGAACAGCAGAGGUUUCCAUUGUGGUGGAUUUCCCCAAUGGUUGGCACUCUCAAGACAGUUUCCUAUUGGUCAGAUGUACAAGUUCAAAUACUGUAGUUUUAAGGAUCUACCUUGCACCAGCAAACAAAUCCACUGAUCAUUGAUGAAUUGUUGCCAUUUUUAAAUGCUGGUGUGACUGGGCCUUUACAGCAAUAUACUGUAACUGGAUAGACUUUUGACCUGUGGUUUCAUCCAAUAACUCUUCAUACUAAUAUGAUAAUUAACAGUGCAGCUGUGUGGCAAAAUAUUUGUUUAGAUUAAGCGAGUAAAGCAGAGCACAAAAUCUGUAAAGUGAAAUUAUGCAGUAAAUCAACAUGCAGACCUCCACAUCAAUGAAGAGAACAACGGUCGAUCGCAGAGCAGUUUUCAAAAGGCGGAACACUGACGUUCCAGCUAAAUGUCUGAGAACCAUGGAGCCGUGUGACUGCAGCAGAAACAGCCUCAGGUCUGCUCUGUGAAGAUGCUCAGACACUCCUUUCUAACAACUCAAACAUAAAAGUGGUGAUAGUAUAUGCUGACAGAUCGUCAGACCAAGGUAUUGUUGGUUUUCUGUUUUUCCCCUUCAAAGAUGGUGAACUUUUAAGAAUUGUUUUAAUUGAUAAUUUCCCCCUUUUUAAAAAAAAUAAGACUGAAUUUAUGGCGAGGAAUCCAGGGAACGAUAUAUUCCCAGGAAGUAAUCCCUCCAAAAUGACGAAAACCCUCAACUUUAAUGAACCACAAUGUGAUUACAGCAGCUUUCACAUUAUUCUGAUAAAAUCCAGUCGAGGAUUCACAGUCUCAUUCCUGAAACUACUACUCACUGGUGCCAAAGUCAGGAGAUUUCAGAUCCUACAUCCAGAGGCUUUAACAUAUAUUUCUAAAAUAAUGUUUUGGAAUGAAACCCUUCAAUUGUAAAUUUAGGCUGAUGAAUGGUGAUAAGAAAUAGAAGUUAAAAAAUGAGAGAACGCCACAUUAGACGUUUAAAACUGAUCUCCAGAGCCCAGCUGCUGUUGUUACAGUUAACCCUCACCAGCAAAGACUUCAGCAGAGUCACUGGAGUCAUUUCAGUGUACCGACUGCGCUGCACGUUGGUGUCCUCCCCCACUGGUUUGCACCAAUCUUUGACCCAUGUGGGCAAGUAUUACAUAUGCACACAUUCCUGUCAACCUGAGUACAGCACAGUACGCUCAUUCAGAGGAAACUGCAGCACAGUUCACUUCUCAGCCCUUUACAGCUCCUCCAAAGCCUCCUGUGGGUCUGCAGGGAACUUCAGUGAUCUGUGGAGCAAAGCAACUCACUUUCUUUCUGGAUGAUGUCACUUGGGCAUUAUGCCAAAGCUUCCAUGGACUAAAAAUGUGCAUGCGUGGGGUCAGUGACAUGUAAGAAUAUGCAAACCCUUACUGUUCAACACAAGCCUAUCGUGCUUCCCUGUGUGUGUGAGUGUGUUCAGCGAGGAGAGUUCUGAGGAUCUGUUUCAUCAGAGGAGCAAAGUGUUUAAGGCAGCUAUGUGAAGUCAUGCCAAAAUGAUCCUUAUUACUGUUUUUUUGUUUGGGUAAUUGUACAAUAUCAGCAGUAUGGAGCCAAGAGAGAACCUGAGCACUUAGUGCAACAGCGAGGCUCCAGUUUCUACAUUUUAUCAGUGUUAUGGAGUAUUGUCAUGGGAACAGUUGAAAGUGAGGGGAUAACCUCCUGAAAUCCAAAACCACAGUCUUACCUGAGUGAUAUUUUUGCAUUUUUCGGAUUUUUGCUUCCUUCCCGGGAACCUUAGUUAUGUUAAUCAGAGUCUGAAAAAACAGAAUGGAGCUGACCCAAACCGUGCUGCCAACCACUGUCGUCCAACCAGACUCCAUGUUUGUCUUAAUCAUUUAUAGACUCAGUCUGUCCUUUUCACUAUCUGUGCCCUUGUGCAUGUACUUUAUGUACGUGGGUGACUGUGCGUGGACCAAUUUUGUAACAGUUGUACAAAGCCUUGUUAAGUUAACCUGUGUAUAUAAAUAUUAUACAUAAUAUAUUAAAUUAUUUGUU